GCAAGCGAAUCUUGGUCGUCUUGCGCUGCCCUUUCUUUCGCCAUCUCUCUUCGCUAAGCAUAUCUUGGUCGCCAUAAUGGCUCAACUAAGUGUCAACUUCUGGCAGCUGGCUACGAUUGGACUGCUUGUUCUCGUUGGCUAUUACAUUAGUCUUGGCAUCUACAAUCUCUUCUUCCACCCUUUGGCCAAAUACCCAGGACCCAAGCUAGCCGCACUCUCCGAGGCGUGGUUCGUCAAAUCCUCGUUGAGCGGUCAUCUUCCCUAUAUCUUCACAGAAAUACACAAGCAAUAUGGCGACAUCGUCCGCAUCUCUCCCAACGAGCUUUCCUUCGCUCGACCUGAAGCCGUGAAAGACAUCUACUAUCACCCGACCAAAAGCAAGCCCGGCAUGCCCAAAUCCCUCUCCUACGCUCGUCCUGACACACCACACCUCUUUUCCACGCGCGACAUAGCCGAGCACCAGAAACAGAAGGCAGCCUUCACCCACGCCUUCUCGCCUCGAGCCUUGAAGGAACAAGAACCGAUCGUCCUCCAAUAUACCGACGCUUGGAUCUCCAUGCUAGCCCGCGAAGGCACUGGACCUCAUGGAAUUGACAUCGUAGAAGCGUGGAAUUGGUUGACCUUUGACAUAAUCGGCGACUUGACGUUUGGAGCCUCUUUUGACUGCGUGAAAACAGCCACCACGCAUCCUUGGAUUGAUAUACUGUUCGGGUCCUUGACGUUCGGGAUCAUGUAUGACAUGAUUCGAAGGAUACCGAUUCUCAAAUUUGGUCUACCAUUCGUCGUACCGAUUAAGAAGUUGGAGCAGAAUCGGGUUGAGCUCCGAAAGUAUACGUGUGAAAGAGUCGCAGCUCGAGUUGAGAAGGGGACGAAGAGAGAUACUGAAGAUUUCUUUUCUGAUAUUCUCCGGAAAGGACAAUAUACGGAAGAAGGGCUUGUCUCGCAGGCCAUCAUGCUGAUUGUUGCUGGGUCCGAGACUUCGGCAUCAGCACUGUCCGGCGCCACGUUCUAUCUCUCCCAUUAUCCAGAAGCGUUGAAGAGGCUCCAGGAUGAGGUACGAGGUGCUUUUACUUCUUCGGACCAGAUCGUGGGCGAUUCGACUACCCCGGCCAAAUUACCUUUCCUGCAUGGCUGCAUUGAGGAAGCUUUGAGACUCUUCCCUCCAGCUCCGUCACAUGCGUUGAGAGUCUCGCCAGGCGCUACAGUCGAUGGCCAAUAUAUCCCAGCUGGUGUAUGUGUGACGUCGCAGAACUAUCCGAUGGCGCGUGACUCCAGGUAUUUCAAUGUUCCGGCAGAAUACCAUCCCGAGAGAUGGCUGAAGGGCGAUGAUUGCCCUCCCGAGUUCAGAGAUGACAACAAGGCAGCAUCGAAUCCAUUCUCGAUUGGCCCGCGCUCUUGCAUCGGCAUCAAUCUAGCAUACCUUGAGAUGCGGAUAGCAUUAGCAAAGUUUGUGUGGCAUUUUGAUUGGGAACUGCUGCCAGAAAGCAAGGAAUGGACAAAGGGCAUGAAGACAUACUUCAUUUGGAAGAAGCCGCCAAUGAUGGUCAGAUUGAAAUUGAGGGAAGGAGUGAAGGUCUAGGUGUGCUGUAGAGCAUUGGUUUUUGAUAAUCGCCUUCACUAUGCUAUCACGUGUAGUCUACGCAAUUCAGGGCUUUUUGCGGGAGGUUUUGCGAGGUUCGAGCGUGACGAGCUGCUGCAUUCGCGUCUACGUAACCUGCAUCUAGCGUGGCUGGUACCGGAAGCCCGGAUGGUCGAUUGCAUGCUGGCGCUUCCCUUCAACAGCUCUCUUUUUGUACGCGAUCACGUCGCUCCGCGAAAAGCACCUGGCGUGAGACUCUCAAAAGGACGUCGGCGACAUAGAAGGCCGCUGCAGCAUUGAGUCGCUGUCGGAGAUCUCGUUCGAGCUCGAGUACGGCAUCGCUAGAUCGUGAAUGCCCAGAUCGUGAAUGCCCAGAUCGUGAAUGCCCUGUUUGGGCCUGAGACCAUCCGUGUACUCUGUCGAUGCGUGGAUGCAGCGGCAAUGGCGCUCGGCGUGGUUGCAGAGGCUGAGCUUCCGGCGUCCAGGGUGACAUGACACUAGAGCUUCCCUGCGCUCGCCGCUCAUCGAGCGAGGAGCUUCGCAUUACACCGCCUCCCGGACGGUGCUGACUCCUAUACAAACAGCUCACAGUGCUCGCGACUAGGAUUUCCUUCCAAAGAAUCGCUGACUUUCGCGCUCUCACUUCGUCGAGUUGACGCAUGAGGGAAGUACUGGAGAAAACGUCAGUAGCUGCGAGGAGACAGGUUGACAGAGUCACUGCGCAAUUUGCCGCAUGCAAGGUAUCAGGAUCGCAACGUUCUCGUCU